AUGCGAGAUAUCUUGAGCCGUGCAGGUAUGGUGGAUUGCAAGCCGUUGGCUACUCCGGUGCCUGUGACUCGACCCGUUUCUGAAUCUGUGGUUCCUUAUGCCGAUCCCACGCAGUAUCGCAGUCUUGCUGGGGCUCUGCAGUAUCUUACUGUCACUCGUCCGGAUUUAUCUUUUGCUGUGAAUCGGGUCUGUCAGCAUAUGCACUCCCCGACUACUGAGCAUUGGGCAAUGCUCAAACGUGUUCUGCGGUACGUUAAAGGCACUUUGCAUUUUGGUCUGUUUAUUCGCCCAUCCUCCUCUGUUGCAGUGCAUGCUUUUUCGGAUUCGGACUGGGCUGGGGACCCCGCUGACAGAAAGUCUACUAUCGGCUUUGCGGUUUUUCUUGGUGACAAUCUGAUCUCUUGGUCUUGCCGGAAGCAACGUACGGUUGCUCGUUCGUCUACAGAGGCCGAGUACAAGGCACUAGCUGACGUGUCUGCUGAGGUCACCUGGUUGGUUUCUCUAUUGCAUGAACUUCGGUUGCCGUUGGCAGCUCCUCCCACUCUCUGGUGUGAUAAUCUGGGUGCAACUUAUCUCUGUCCCAACCCGGUGUUCCAUGCUCACUUCUCUACUGCCACCAUAGGUAGAGCUAAGUCUUCCUAUUCCUCCUCUUCAGUAUUCCAUAGGCCCGUAACGCGAAGUAUAUCUCGUGAUCGUAUCAACUUGGUUCCCGUUGCCGGCGUUAUGGGCAGUAACAUCACUGAAGAUCCUGCUUUCAAGGCACUGCAGAAAUCUGUUCGCUCCCAUGAAGCUUAUGCUGACAAAAUUGAGAACCUCUCGGCCACUGUGUCUUCCCUCUCUGCAACACAACACCAACAAGCAGCUUCCCUUGUUAAUCUAGAACAAAUGGUGAAACAACUUCUGAUUGCUCAGGGCAAAACACCAGUCUCCGAAGUUGAAUCAGAAACAGUGCACCAACUGGAAGGGGAUUCGGCUAUCCAAGAAACACCGGAUGAUAAUCACUCCCUCAUUCGAUAUGCUAAGAUGGACUUUCCAUUGUUUUCUGGAGAUGAAGAUCCUCUUGUAUGGCUGCUACGUUGCGAAUCCUAUUUCCGAAAUGCCAAUAUUCAGGAUUCAGAUCGCAUAACUUUUGCCUCACACCAUAUGAUUGGGGAAGCCCAAUUAUGGUACCAUUCUGAAACGGAGUUAAUGCAGUUCUCCUCAUGGGCUGCCUUCAAAAAAGUGUGUUGUCUCAGCUUCGGGCCACCACGCAGCAUUAAUGCAUUAGGUGAACUUAAACAAUUGUUUCAAGCAGGCCGGCAUAUCGAUGAGUAUGUCAAAGACUUUCGAACACUGUUGGUACGGGCAGGCACAGUACAACCCAACCAGCGAGUAGAUUUGUUUACCGGUGGAUUGGAUGAAAUAAUCCGUAUAGAUGUGGAGCGCACCAAACCAACGACUCUGAAUGAAGCUAUCAACACAGCCAGGGAUCUUUCUCGCAAAUGCCACCUAUUGGGCCUUUUGUCCUCCAAACCUAAACCUCUGCACACCAGUACACAAACUGCCCCGUCAUCCGCCCGUGUUCCAUUACCCAUACGUCCAUCACCCAACCGACAAAAGCCCAAAUUUAAAUUCCUCACACCCGAACAAAAGGCCGAACGCGUAGCCAAAAACUUAUGCUACAAUUGUGAUGAAAAAUAUUUUCCAGGUCAUAAAUGCCGACACCUCUUUAUGCUAUGGACAUUAGAGGAGGGUGAAGAACCACCUGCUUUGGAGGAUUACACGGAGGACUCCCCGGCAUUCAGCUUGAACGCAAUCUCCGGGGUGACAAAGGGGAAUAUGAUGAAAGUGAGGGUCAAAAUCGCAGCCACUGUUAUCGUCGCACUCUUGGACUCGGGCAGUUCAGACAACUUCAUCAACGCUGAGACAUCGCGUGAUUUGGGACUCCGAAUGACACCGCUUAAGGACCUCCGCGUGCGAGUGGCAAAUGGGGAUUGUUUGUCUGCUUUAGGUGUAUGUGAGGCAGUCACUUUCACCAAGGGACACGACAGUUUUUCAGCAACAUUAUUUGUGCUUCCUUUGGCUGGGUUUCAGAUGGUUUUAGGGGUGAAAUGGCUGAGAGAAUUGGGCCCUAUAACCUGGGAUUUCAACUCAUUGCAGAUGACUUUCUACCACUGCAACACUGCAGUAACCUGGACAGCAGAAGAAGGAUGCAUUUUCCCUGCUCUGCAUGCUAUUCCACCGCCAAGUUCAAAUGCAGACGUCUUAGAGGGAUUGCUUGCCCUCUUUAGUGACAUUUUUUCUGAAGUUACGGCGCUGCCACCAGCACGGGAGUGCGAUCAUCGCAUAAUUUUGCAAUCCGGACCAGACCCUGUGGUUGUAAGACCAUACCGUUACCCACAGCUCCUCAAAGAUGAGAUAGAAAAACAGUGUGCGGAUAUGCUUCAUCACGGCAUCAUUCGACCUAGCAAGUCUCCAUUCUCAUCACCAUGUUUGUUAGUCCGAAAACAUGAUUUGUCGUGGCGGUUUUGCGUUGACUAUAGGGAACUAAAUGCCCGAACAGUUAAAGAUAAGUUCCCUAUACCUAUCAUUGAUGAAUUGCUUGAUGAACUACAUGGCUCCAAAUUUUUCACAAAGUUGGAUUUGCGAUCCGGUUAUCACCAAGUUAGAAUGCACCCCGAAGAUGUUGAAAAGACGGCUUUCCGGACUCAUCAUGGCCACUUCGAAUUUUUGGUGAUGCCCUUCGGCCUUUCUAACGCACCAUCCACAUUUCAAUCUUUGAUGAAUGAGGUCUUCGGUCCCUACCUGCGGAAGUUUGUAUUGGUAUUCUUUGACGACAUUUUAAUAUACAGUGCUUCUUGGGUGGAGCAUCUCCAACACAUGCGUCUGGUUUUCCUCUUGCUGCGCCAACACACACUCUUUUUAAAGAAGAGUAAAUGCACAUUUGGAGUAGAUCAUGUAAGCUACUUGGGUCAUGUGAUAUCUAGCCAAGGUGUGGCAGUAGACGAAACGAAAGUGCAAGCCGUCUCCAAUUGGCCUACGCCAGGGUCUACCACAGCUCUUAGAAGCUUCUUGGGCCUUGCUGGUUUUUACCGCCGGUUCAUCAAGAAUUAUGGUAUCAUUGCAGGACCACUUACAAAUCUCUUACGAAAUCAAAACUUUAAGUGGUCCUCCGAGGCCGAGGCUGCUUUUAUUUCUCUCAAACGGGCUUUGUGUUCAGCGCCUGUCCUCCAACUUCCAGAUUUUUCCACUCAAUUUGUGGUUGAAUGUGACGCUUCAGGUAGUGGCAUUGGUGCAGUGAUUCACCAAAAUGAUCAUCCAAUAGCUUUUUACAGCCGGAAGCUAGCAGACAGACACUUGAAGCUUCCAGCCUAUGAAAGGGAAUUGAUUGGGUUGUCGCAAGCUGUACGGAAUUGGCGGCAUUAUCUCUGGGGCAGGAACUUUGUCAUCCGAACAGAUUAUUACAGCUUGAAAUAUCUCCUUCAACAGCGGUUGACGACAUCCCCGCAACAACAUUGGAUGAGCAAGCUGCUAGGAUUUGAUUUUGAGGUUCAAUACAAGCCUGGAAAAUUUAACACGGUGGCUGAUGCUCUGUCACGACAGAACCAGCUAGAAAGUAGUAGCUGCUUGGCCCUCUCUAUUCAUCAUUCAGACUUGUUGGACGACAUCAGGACCCAUACACGCCUUUUUCCAAGGUUAGCGGAGUUCGAACAAAAGAUUGCUGAUUCAUCUCUUGGCUGGAACUUCCAGAAUGGGCUUUUCUUUUACAAGGGAAAAAUAUUCAUCCCUCCAGAUACUGCUCUCACUUCACGCAUAGUGGCUGCCACCCAUAAUGCAACACACGAGGGAGUUCAGAAAACAGUCCACCGCCUACGGCGUGAAUUUUAUUGGCCAAAAAUGGUUUCAGAUGUUCGAGAUUUCAUCAGCCAGUGCACAGUUUGCCAACGUCACAAAUGGGAGAACCUUCACCCUGCCGGUGUUCUCCAACCCCUCUCCAUUCCGGAACAGAUUUGGGCAGACAUAUCCAUGGAUUUUAUUGAAGGCCUACCGAAUGUAUAUGGGAAAUCGGUUAUCCUGGUGGUCGUCGAUCGGUUAUCCAAGUAUGCUCACUUCCUUGCCCUUCAACACCCAUACACUGCUUCUUCAGUCGCACAAGCAUUCUUUUCUCAGAUAUUCAAGCUUCACGGAUUGCCGGAGUCUAUUGUGAGUGAUCGGGAUCCAAUCUUUACUUCUGGUUUCUGGAAUGAAUUAUUUAAACUUAGCGGCUCUAAAUUGGCUCGUUCGUCAGCCUACCACCCUCAAACUGAUGGGCAGACAGAAGUUGUCAACCGCACCAUUGAGCUCUAUUUAAGAUGCUUUGUUGGGGACCAUCCACGUAAAUGGGUGGAGGCACUUGCGUGGGCAGAAUAUUGCUAUAAUACCUCUUUCCAUUCGGCUUUACGGACCACCCCCUUUAAGCUGGUUUAUGGUAGGGAUCCUCCUCGCCUCCUCUCAUAUGAGCCGGGCCUCUCAAAGCUAGCUGCAGUCGACGAGGCUUUGAAGUCAAGGGAUGAAAUACUUCAUGAUGCUCGACAUCACUUGAAAACGGCACAAUCUCGUAUGGAGCAAACCUACAACCAAAAACACCGGGAUAUAUCCUAUGAGCCUGGGGCGUGGGUGUGGGUUCGUCUUCAGCCGUACCGCCAAAACUCCUUGACCAUGCGGCGCACUCACAAACUUUCACAUCGGUAUUUUGGGCCAUUUCAGGUGCAGAAACGAAUUGGGUCAGUUGCCUAUCAAUUAGAAUUGCCAAGUGAUUGCAGAGUGCACAAUGUUUUCCAUGUUUCACUCCUAAAGCAGUAUAAUGGGCCUCCACCGGUUACUACACCGUUGUUGCCUCCCGCUGUGAAUGGGCGUUUUGAACUGCGUCCUGCCAACAUUCUUGCCACUCGUAUGAACAGAGGGAAUACAGAUCUAUUAGUGCAAUGGGAAGGCUUGCAGGAAGAAGAUGCCACUUGGGAAAGUUUAGAUGAUUUUUGCCAACGUUUUCCAUCCUUCAAGCUUGAGGACAAGCUUGAUCUCCAGGACGGGGGUGAUGAUGCAUUCGUGGGACAACAGUACUACCGCAAAAGGCUCAAAUCUCACAGAUCAGCCAUGCCCUUGAUUUAAGCAAUCUUAUUUAUUCUCUUUCCUUUUUCAAUAUUAUUCAGAAUCUCUUUAUAGUUGGUAAUUAUCUUUCCUUCCUUAGUUAAGUAUGUUGGUAGUCCUUAAAUAUGACAAGAGUAUGUAA